AUGACAGACGGCAGUAACUUUAGUGACAAUGCCUUGACGACUCUGGAGUCCUUGGUAUUGGAGUGUCAGUUGGAGAAUGCCCGACAAGACGAUGAGAAACGCAGAGGCAGUAUUGGGAGCGCUUGUAGUACGGUUCGAUUGAAAGGAAGUGGCAGCAGUAAGAAAAAGUACAACGAGAUGCCAGCAGAAGAUCGCGCCUUCAUUCAGACGCUUCCUGGAAACAACAAGUGCGCGGAUUGUGGCUCCAGUGAUACCGAAUGGGCUUCCAUCACCUAUGGCAUUCUGAUCUGCACGAAGUGUAGCGGAGUUCACAGAGCCAUGGGAACUCAUCUCUCCAGAGUCAGGUCCGUAAAGAUGGAUUCUUGGGCUGACAACCACAUCAAGGCCAUGCGACAUGGAGGGAACAAGAAAUGCCGGGAUUACCUUCGAAAACGUGGACUCAAACUGAAAGAAUGUACUAUCAAGGAACGGUACGAAUCACCCGUCGCCAAGAAGUAUCAUCAAAAGCUCAAGGCUGCCGUCAAGGUGGUCACCGAGGAGCAUCCACUCCAUGCAAAACCUACAAAGCGAGCCUCAACCACAGAUAUUGGAAUCCCCACACCCACCACACAAGGCUCUGCGGAGAACAAUGGCGACAACAACGAUGUUCCGGUCCAUCCAGUAUCGACAACCAUUCUGAAUACACCCCCUCCUUCAUCACGUCCUCCCAUUUCACCCGCUGCCAUGCUCCGAUUUCGAAGAUUCUCCACCACGGCCUCGGCUACUCGAAAUCGUCCCACUAGGAGUUUGUCGGCUUCGGCUCCCACCAUUUUUUACAUGGGGCGCAGCUUCCAAGCAAACAACCCCAGCGCCGCCAAUAAUGACGACACUCUUCGAAUUGAUGAUUGGGAUGUGCAACGCAAGCUAGAACAUUGGUGGUAUCAUCGAGGCCACGACGACGAAGAGAACGACGAACAUUACUCCUAUUCCAAUGCCAGCUCUUCUCUCAGUUCCAACUCCCUUUCACGGUCCUCUUCUUAUUUUGGGGGUGGCAGCACAGCCACGAGCCGCUCCGGACCUGCGCUCACGUGGGAAGAUCUGCGGGCUCUGCAAACAGACCCCGAAAUCAAAGACUACGUGCGACAGCAACUGUUGCAGCGGUGGGAUGAAAAGGGAAAUCCCCGCAAAUAG